CUUUCGAACCUCCACGUCCCGUUGCUCUGUGUCUUGGUCUCCGUUUCGUUCAGGUCUCGUGUAACAGUUUCAAGACUCUAUUGUAUUACCAGUGAUCCCCCUCACUAUGUCUUCGCCUUCACAAUCAAGUGCAAAAAUCUACGUUGGAAAUUUGAGUUGGAACACCACUGAUGACACGUUGCGCAAUGCUUUCGGCAAUUAUGGACCAGUGCUUGAUUCUAUCGUCAUGCGUGACCGCGACACCGGUCGUUCGCGGGGUUUUGGCUUUGUCACCUACGGGACGACUGAGGAAGCAAACCAUGCUAUUGCCAACAUGAAUGAGCAGGAGCUUGACGGCAGGAGGAUAAAAGUAAAUCUCGCUAAUCCCCGCAGCUCCGGAGCUGGAGGCAGCGGUGGUGCAGGAUUUGGAGGAGGCUACAGCGGUGGUGGCGGCUAUUCUGGUGGUGGUGGUGCUGGAUACGGUCAGCAACCUAGCUACGGAGGUCAAGGCGGGUUUGCUGGAGGCCAGCCAGGCUAUGGUCAAGGUGGUUAUGGCGGCUACCAAGGCGGAGGCUAUGGAGGCGGGUUUGCUCCGACUGGCUACGGUGGACAGCAAGGUUAUGGUCAGCAAGGUGGAAAUGGCAAUCCAGGUAGUUAUGGCCGCGGUUAUUGAUCAAAUAUUGAUCAUCUCUGCUCUUCACAUAUCAUCCCUCGGACAUCGAUAUCAUAUCAUGCGUUUCAUGCUCGUUUGACUCUUCCAUAUCUAAACUCUACUUCCACACACCGAGUGUGUUUCUUCUCAAUCUCAUUUUUAGUCUGAAUUCUACCAUGAUUCAGCUUGUACUUGUAUGUUCAGAUAUAUCCAUUUCUAUGUCCUCGUCUUCGCGAUCGUGAAGCACCACCACCCAUUGUAGUGCAUUUCCAGAUAUAGAAGGAACGACUGUCUUCCUUCU